AUGGUAGCUAUCGAUUAUGCAGAACAUUUCUGGGGCGAAAAACAUCAUGGUUAUCAUGUGCUAUACGAAAAUCUAAAACAAGGAGAAGAAUCAGUGCAAGAAUUAGCACAGUUUUUAAAAGAAAGAGCAAGUUUUGAAGAGGAGACGAGUAAAUUCAUCAUAAAGACCGUGUUAAAGACGUCUUCUCUAUGUUCAACUUCGUCAUGUGGUAGUAGUGGUAGUGCUGCUGGUGCUGGUGGUGGGUUUAAUGCUUUAACAAGUUCAUGGCAAGUCACCAAAGAUAUGCUCGAUUCAUUAGCGACCAUUCAAUCGACAUUCUUCCAAUCAUUACAGCAACUCCUUAAAGAUGUAUUGAAAUAUCACGAAGAAUUGGUUCGAUCAAGAAAGCGAAUGAAAGAACAAGAUGUAGUAGAUGCGGUGAAUUUGAUGCAAACAACGACAACAUGCCUUCAGAAGGUGCUGAUUACUUGUGUAUUUAUAAGUCGAUUUCGAGUUGUAUCCAAAGAAACGUACGCACAACGCUACGCAGAAUUGGAACGUCUAAAGAAAGAGAAUGGAACGUCGAAAGAAAUUUUGAAGGCAGAAAGUAAAUUGACGAAAUCACGUGAAGAAUAUCGUUCAUAUGUGGAAAAGUAUGGACGUGUUCGAGAUGAGUUUGAAGAUAAGAUGAUAAAGGCAGCACAUGCGUUUCAAGAACAUCAUCAUGCAUUUCUACAACAAAUGAAGACGUUUCUGUGUUCAUUCGCACGUGUUGCCGAUCUCAAUGCGAGUGCUUCCUCACAGGUUUAUAGCCAAUAUCGAGAAACAAUUGAUCAGCUUGAUGUUAACGAUAUUAUGCUGAAAUUUGUGGACAUUAAAGGAACGGGUAAAGAUAGACCUGAGAUUGUGAUAUUCGAAGAAUUGGAUACGGCCAUAUUAGGUACGGGUUUGGCACAAGCAACGACCGUUUUGGGAACUACUAAUACCAGUGCGGAUCGACCGGAAUUGACGGCAUUUCUGUCACAGUCACGAUCACAAGCAUCAUCAUCACCUCAAGUAUCUAGUGAUUUAUUAAAUUUAUUCGAUCAUCCUCCAUCUAAUCAACAUGUGAGCACUACUAGCAACAGUGUUGCUGCUACAACAAACGCUUUUGAUUCAACCCAAUCUGCAGUUGGAACUGGAGCUGGAGGGGGUGGCAUAUGGAAUAAUAAUAUCGUUAAUAACAAUAACAGUGUCAGUCAUCCUUCACCGACCGCCAGCGACAGUAGUUCUUCGUUGACAGUACCUACAUCUGUUGUACCGGCAACUACGUUAACAACAACACCAACUGCGGUGGUGGCCACUUGCGCAUCGAAUGCGAGCAUCACUCCAACAGCCACAUCAUUUUCAUCAUCAUUGGGACGUCAGAAGCUAUCGUUAUGGUUACCGGGAAAACGAAGGAAACACGCCUCACAGUCCAGUCUACCCUCAACUGAUAUGCCUGUCACCGACUUUUCGCAUAGUCAAUCGGAAUCUUCUGGUCAGCGCUGCAGAUUGUUUGCCUUCCAGAAGAAUUUCCGUUGUCGUAUUAUAAUUCACGCACAACCGCAACCCUUGCUCACUUAUACAUCCACAUCAGAAAUUGAGGAUACCCGAAGUACAACGAGCAGCAGUAAGAGUGAUGAAAAGGGGUUUCUUACUAGUAACAAUAAUGCAAAUGGUGUGUUAAACGUAAUGGAUAUGCCACUGACUCGAGCAGCAACAAGUGUACGCCCAGUUGGCAAUAGUAGUUCACAAGCGAUAACAUCAAGAAAUAUGAUGUUGGAUGACGAAAAUGACGAUGAUAUUGAUGAUGAAGGCUACACUUGCCGAAGAGAUUUGGUUGAUGAUGGGAAUACGAGAUUGACAGCACCGAUCGCGCAAAAUGAAGAUGACGAUUCCAGAUGGAGUAGUUGCACUGAAUCUUCUGAUGACGAUGAUGAGGAUGAAGAGAGGAUACGUGCCGCAAAAUUACGCCAACUGAAUAUUCGACCAUUGAGUGAAUCGAAAGCGAGUGUUAAUGUUUCAGUGGAUGAAUUGCGUGACGCGAUCGGGCAUAUCAAUCUGAGUGCAUCCAUUAAUCGUAGCAGUACUUUUGAUAGGGAUCCUUGGACAGCCACCACGCGAACAACACCGUUCAGUUUAAGUUUAGGCGGUGCUAGCGCGAGACCGUUACGUGCCACAUUGACUGGUGAUGACCAUUUAAGGAAAAGGUUUUAUGAUAGUUCGAACACAACAGCAUUGCCAUUUUCGGUUUCAUUAUCAGCUGGUACGAUGGCACGAGCCAGACCGCGAAGUAACACACCGACCCUAACUCAAACACAAGCUCAAGUGUGUUCGUUUGCUACUCCAACUAGCGUUCACUCGACCAAUCCACUCAUCUCACAGCAAUCUCAACCUCAGACUGCAUCAUCACAGUUUUCUGCGGCUCUUCUCAACAAUGCUCAUCAACCGUUGUCAAGACGAGAGUCAUCUGGUAGCAGUGAGAAUACGGCAUUUUUCAUGCGGAGCGAAUCGGUGAACUCUCUGGGUGGUUACUGUUUCCAGCAGCAAGCUCAGUCUUGUCAGCAUACAGAAUCGCCAUUCUUCAAUCAGCCUACUCCUUCCAAUCAGGCUUGCACACCAUCAGCAGCAAGCACAAAUAAUAGUGCUUCGUCAACCAUCACUGAGCAUCGUGUUCCGAUCGCGAUGGCCGUUAAUGAGUAUAUUCAUGCGUGGUUCAAAGGAGCCGAUAUCAAUCAACGAGUAGUUCGAGUGUUUGGCACCGUUCUGAUAUCGUUCCCAGCAUCGGCUGUACCUGUCUUAACAGAUCUGAACUCGGAUUUGGAAGCGCUUAAAUUUCGACUAACAUCUGCCGACAACAUCAAGGCAGUUCUUCCCAAUAAGCAGCUGUUAUCGAAUGAGGUUGACGCAUACGAUGCACCGUUCACGUUUCGUUUUGAGAGAACGCAAUUGGCCGAAUGGUUAAAAACGCAGAAAACUGAUAAGCCGAAUGCACAUUUCUAUAACGCUGAGGUGUUACGAUAUGAAGUACGUGAUGUGGUAUCACCACCGCUGCUCUUAACCGCAUAUUGGAAGUUGGAAAAGGAGAACACGGAUUUAAGAAUUGAUUAUCGUUUGAAUACGGAUAGUAGUAUACAGACAGCGUUGCUGAAUAUUGCGUUCUCAGUGAAAAUCGAUGGAUUGUGUACAGUCGAUUCGAUUCAUGCAGAUCCGAAGGAAGAGUGGUCACCGUCUGAUUCAACAGUGUCGUGGAAAUUGACCGAACUGUCAAGGCAUGGUGAGUGUAACGGCUCAUUGAAAGCACGCUUGGCAAUCUCAAAUGGUCCAUCAAAUGCAUCACAAACACACGUACAGUUCCAGACAUCGGAUGCAUCAAUAUCAGGAGCGAGUGUGGUUGUUGAUUCAGACGAUUCGUAUUAUUUGUCGAUGCUACGACGGAAAGUUCUAUCUGGAAAAUAUUUUUGUGAUCCGGAAAUACGUAAAUGA